AUGACACAGGCGAUUCGCCCCUUGGAAGGAAAAUUGGCCGUGGUUACGGGCGCCUUCCGAGGAAUUGGUGCUGCUAUCACAAAGAAUCUCGCUUCUAAAGGCGCCAAUGUCUUGGGCGUUUACACGUCAGACUCCUCGACCAAGGCUGCUCAAAUCAUAACCGCCGAUCUGGAACGGCAACAUGGCGUUAAAAUUGUUGCAGUCCAGGCAGAUCUGAGCAAACCUGAAGAAGCUCCCAAACGCAUCGUUGAGGCCGCCCAGGCUGAAUUCGGCAGUCCUGACGGCCUCAUUGUCAAUAUCUUGAUCAACAACGCCGGAGUCGGUGGGGACUAUCCGUUGGGCGAGGUUCCAGUUUCCGAGUUCCAUCGCAUCUAUGCUGUCAACGUCCUCGCGCCCAUCGUGGUCACUCAGGCACUUCUACCGUUCCUCCCCCAUGACAGAUCCGGCCGCAUCGUGAACAUCUCCUCAGUCGCCUCGACGAUGGGCUUCAAGACGCACACUCUCUAUGGGGGGACCAAAGCUGCGUUAGACGCCAUGACGAGGACCUGGGCCAGGGAACUAGCGGAGCGGGCCACUGUUAACGCCGUGAAUCCUGGCCCUGUGGAGGGUGAUAUGUAUUGGGCGGCGGGAGAAGACUUUUGGAAGCAGCUUGAGCCCUUCCAGCUUGCUACACCUCUUUCUGCAGUUCGGGAGGCCGACCGACCGGAGCUUGUCAAGUUGGCGAACGAGAAGAUGGCGGGACGACGCCCUGCGUACUGGUCGGAGGUCGCUGCUAUUGUGGGUAUGCUGUGUGGCCCAGAGUCUGCAUGGUGCACUGGCAGUGUCGUCUGCGCCAAUGGAGGUCUGCGGUUCUCUCUGUAA